AUCAUGGCCGCCGCCGCAGCUUCUGAGCCCGUUGACCUCUCCACAAUUCCCAUCUCUCCUGAUGGCCCCCUCGAUGAGAACAAGAAGCCCAAUAGCGAUGCUGCCACUGGCGAGGAACAGAUAACCGUUUUCCACGACAAGGAUAACUUCAAUGUCAAGCAUCCUCUGAUGCACAAGUGGACUUUGUGGUUCACCAAGCCACCUAGUGGAAAGGGCGACAACUGGAAUGAUCUGUUGAAGGAAGUCAUCACCUUUAACUCGGUCGAGGAAUUUUGGGGUGUCUACAACAACAUCGCUCCCACCUCCGAACUGGCCCUCAAAUCCGACUACCAUCUCUUCAAGGAAGGCGUACGUCCAGAAUGGGAGGACGUCCAGAACAAGCACGGCGGCAAGUGGUCCUACCAAUUCAAGGAGAAGCGCAACGUCCCGAUCGACGAGCUCUGGCUGCACGUCAUGCUCGCGGCUAUCGGCGAGACGCUCGAAGAGGAAGGUGAUGGAGAGCUCAUGGGCGUCGUUGUCAAUGUCCGCAAGGGUUUCUACCGUAUCGGUGCCUGGACCCGUACAAUCGGCAAGAGCAUUCCAGGUGGCGGCGACGGCGAUGUUGCAGGUGGCAAGGGACGAUCUACGGACAAGGGCAAGGAGGUACUCAUGAACAUCGGUCGCAAAUUCAAGGAGGUGCUUAAGUUGCCUGCGACAGAGGUGGUGGAGUUCUCUGGUCACACUGAUAGCGCUCAUAGCGGAAGUACUCGUGCGAAGGCCAAGUAUACAGUAUAA